GUCAUCUUCUCCGGUAUCCAACCAACGAGUAAGCCUCAUAUCGGCAAUUAUUUAGGAGCGAUCAAAAGAUGGAUUGAAUUACAAGACACUCCUGCUCAACUCAUAUACUGUAUAGUCGAUUUACAUGCUCUCACUUCAGUUUAUCAAAAUCCCGACUCUGUAUCUUAUACCAUAAAGGAAUUGACACUCAGUUUAUUAGCGUGUGGUUUAGAUCCCACAAGGUGUAUCUUAUUCCAGCAAUCUCAGAUCCCUCAGCAUGCAGAAUUAAGCUGGAUGUUAUCCUGCUUAACACCUAUCGGAUGGCUAACACGUAUGACACAAUGGAAAAGCCAGGGGCUGUCAAAUAAUAACGUACAUGUUGGUAUGCUAACCUAUCCUGUUUUAAUGGCCGCGGAUAUUCUACUUUACAAGACAACGCACGUACCUGUAGGAGAUGAUCAAGUACAACACUUGGAAUUAACCAAAACUUUAGUCAGAACCUUCAAUAAACGUUACGAUUGCCAAUAUUUAACGUCACCAAAUGUUAUUAUGGGUGAUGUCCCUAGGGUUAAAAAUUUGCGAUCACCUGAUCAAAAAAUGAGUAAAUCAGACAAAUCUAUUUUGAGCAGAAUAGAGUUAACGGAUCAACCUGAUGAAAUACGAAAUAAGAUUAAAAGAGCUGUAACUGAUUCCAACUCUGCUAUAAGUUAUGAUCCGGAUCUUAGACCUGGUGUCUCAAAUCUUGUUACACUAUUUUCUGCAUUUAAUCAAUGCACCGUUGAAGAAACAUGCAAGCAAUUUGAAGGUUCAAAUACAGAACAAUUUAAGGAAGCUUUAGCCGAUGUCAUUAUCACUUGUUUAAAACCAAUCAGAGAGGCUGCAUACAAAUUACAAAAUGAACAUGGCUAUAUCGAUUUGGUACUAAAAGAAGGACGUGAAAAGGCUCUAGAAAUUGCUGCAAAUAAUAUGAAUAAAAUAAAAUCCAUCAUAUUAGAUUAUAGCACCAAGUAA